AUGGAAAACCAGCAGGAGAAGCCAUUCAGAAAGAAACUACAGAAGGGUAGACUAAUUAGUCUUGAUUCCCCGCCUAUGGUUACAUCAUCAUCUGAGAUGGAAGAAAGUGGCGUCAAGAAGCUGCCUGCUAGAGUUAAGAAGGAUAUAGUCAUGGAUGAAGCUUUUGAUUCUUGGAAUCACCUGAUUGAAAACCCCAAUAAAUGGUGGGGUCACCGCGAAAAUAAUGCCAACGGAUUGGUGAAACCAAGACAUCCUGAUUUCAAAAACAAGGACAGCAAUAUCUCAUUGUGGCUCAAUAAUGCUCCUGACUGGAUUUUGCCAAAACUCGAAGGACUCGAGUUUCCAUUCCCCUGUGGACUUUCCCGGGCCCGCCUUGGUAUGGAGGAGGCGCCUGAGUUCCCUGGCCUUGAUUGUAACCUCCCUGAAACGGUGGAGAUCCCGUCGGGGAUUGGUUGUAACCUCCCUGAAACGGUGGAGGAGGUGGAGGAGCUUGAGUUCCUUGUCCUGGAGGUUCAUAGCUCUGCUGAGGACCAUCGUAGCCACCUCCACCACCUUGCAUUGGCGGUUGCUGACCAUACUGUGGGUUUCUUUGGAAGUUUUGAGGACCGCCUCCUCCUCCUCCUUGACGGUCAAAUCUUGAAUUGA